CUCGCAAACAUUUCCCUCCUGCAGUUUACCCUCUCUACAUACGCGUACCAGCAUAUUCUUACGACCUUCACCUAUCUCAAUCAGCGUUUAUCAUCAUGACUCUCUCUACCGCCAUGGCCAUUGCUUCCCGCGUCGCCGUCACUGGCUUGCUUACGGUCUCUUGCUUCAAACGGGCUGUCGUCGACAAUACCGCUCAGGUCCUUGCCAAAGUAGAGAAGGCUUCCGUUGGCCUCGUUGUAUACUCUGUCUGCUUGUCGACAAUCACCCUGGUUCUCGCCGCCGACAAAGCUGCACAGAGGAUCCUCAGCAACGAGCCCAAGCAUAUGCCCGCCCCUCUCAAGGACGACGACGCCGACUCUAAUCCUCCAUCCGCUAAUGAUCCCACCACCUCCGAGUCCGUUACGCAUCAGCCUGUCGAAUCAUCUCACUUGCAGCCAUUUUCGUCUCCAUCCCCAUCACGUUUAAUCAAAUCGACGGAAAUAAUAUUCGCCCCAAUUUCUACUUGCACGCCUGAUAACAACAUCAUCUCCGCUACGCCUAAGCCUGUCGAAUUGUAUCACUUGCAGCCAUCUCCGACUUCAUCUCCAUCGCGUUUAAUCAAAUCGACGGAAAUAAUAUCCGCCCCAAUUUCUACUUGCACGCCUAAUCACAACACCAUCUCCGCUGCGCCUAAGCCUGUCGAAUCGUAUCACUUGCAGCCAUCUCCGACUUCAUCUCCAUCGCGUUUAAUCGAAUCGACGGAAACAGCGUCUGCCCCAAUCACGUGUUCUAACACUUGUUCGUCUUGCAUCACUCUCACUUCGCCGGACCUCUACUGUAAACGCCUGUUUAUCGAUUCCAGCACCACUCUUGUACCCCAUGAUGACGACCCAGCUACCGGCGUCUUCUCUGACGAUGCCUCGGACGCUAACGACUGUGAGUCGUUUAGUGACGAAAGCACUAUCCACGAGGACGAUUGUUCUGAACCAAAGCCUCAGAAGGAACAUCAUGCACUAGAACCUACGCUUGACAUUCUAAUUGCAAAAAUGACAGGUCUCACUCUCGAUGACCCGCCUUGUCCUUCUAGGCUUCGACCACUCAUUCUAGUCAACAGCCGUCAUCAUUCAUCUACUACCAUUCGUUAUCCUCGCUCCCUGAACCCGCCUACUCCAUGGAUGCAUUGACCAGACGUAUGAAGGCGCUCUAUCUUUCCGGCGGUCCAUCUACCGAUCCUGGCGCUGCUCUCCCUGAAUUCGACUGCCCUAUCGACGCGCUGACUCGAAAUAUGGAGGCGCGCUCUCUCGGCGAUCUCCCGUCUUCCGCCUCGAAGCUGAAGCCCCUGAUCCUGGUUACGAAGCGCGACACCAGACACUUCAAGCCGCCUCUUCUCUCAACCACGCUGCUUCGACAGCCUAGAUCCAAAACAGCAAUGCGGAGUCAAAUACAUUGGCCUUUUUCACUGAAACCUACGAUAUGGGCUCGCCCACAGCCCAAGUGAUUCAAGGCCGCCUCCGCGCU